CCACUUUCUGCCACCAUAUCCAUCUCAGCCCAAGUGAUGUGAGCACGAACAAUGGCCUGUCGAGCAGCGGCUUGAGAUUUAGCCUCCUGAUUUGCCCAGAGGCAGCUCACAAUGCACUUCGCCCUCCCCCCGCGCAAAACAUCCCAUCCUCCUCCCUACGUUCGGAACAGCAACUUGACUGCCGCAUCCCAGAGACGGCGGAAGCAAUUCCAACUCGGUGCCUACUUCGUGUUGGGAAUAUUGACGUUGUACCUUGUCGUCCGGUUUGUUCUUUCGUUCGAUUUAACAGGGGAGCACAACGAUGGCGCAACUUCAAUUGAAGGGCCUCAAGAUAUUGUUCUCGUGACGGUGUUUGACAAUGAGACCAUGAACGAAGACUACAUGCGGAUAGUAAAGACAAACCGAGAUGAUUAUGCCAGGAGACAUGGGUACAAGAACUUCUACACCAACACGACGGCGUAUUUCCACCUCGUUGACCCUUCUCCGUUAUCCUGGUCGACGAUACCAGCAAUGCGACAUGCUUUGACAGAGCAUGCCACAAGCACCUUUUUCUGGUCCUUGUCCGUCGACGCCUUCAUAACGAAUCCUUCAGUGUCACUAGAGUCCCACAUCCUCCAACCACUCGAGUCGCUCAUGCUCAAGGACAUUCCUGUCGUUCCACCAGACUCGGUCAUUCACACAUUCUCUCACCUCAAGCCUUCUCGCACGCACCUAAUACUGUCGCAAGACAUGGACAAUCUUGCCCAUACCUCUUUCAUCCUGCGCAACACCCCCUUCAGCACCAAAACGCCAGACAAUUGGGCCCAUUACUUCCUGGAUGCCUGGUUCGAUCCCUUAUACCGUGCCUAUGCAUUUCAGAAAGCAGAGAACCAUGCGCUCGAGCACCUGGUCCAAUGGCACCCCACGGUUCUAGCCAAGUUGGUACUGAUCGAGCAACGCUGGAUCAAUUCCUACAACUACGCCACACCACCGGCGAAAGACCCGUUGACGGGUCUCACCCGCACUCACGACAGCAUGUGGCAAGAAGGGGAUUUGGUGGUCAAUCUAAAAGGAUGCAGGGAAAGCGACAAGCGGGACUGCGAAGACGAAAUGAGAUAUUAUUUUACCAGAUGGGAGAAAGAAGUGGAAAAGCUAGACGGGAAGAAGCCAGAACAUAACGUUGGACCUCCGAGACCGAGGGCGGUCAAAGAUGAGAGGAAGAAAGCCGACGUGGUCAAAUCCGUGGAAAGAUGAGACCCAAUCCCCGGGUAUCUUCCAUACCGACGUUAGCCUGGAGUUGCUUGUGUGGUGGCUCAUUUUCGGGCGGAGUUCGUAUCCAGCGAGGCACGGCAGCGAUAGAAGACCACUUGUAUAACAGAUUUUCCUUGAGGCACAGGCGCAAUAUCGGAACAUGACGAGCAAGGCCAUGGGAUAUUUCGGGACAUCAAGAUCGGCCAACAGAACCAAUAGAGCGAUAUCUUUUGUGAGAAUUUGACAAGGCAGCACAAGUCCCAGUUUCCAGCUUGUCUUCUUGACCCUCCCCUUGGUGUUCCCGGCUUCAGGCGAGGUCUCCUCUUUCAGCUCGCAGUUUGUCAUACCUCAGCACCGCUCCGAGCAGUACCUGGGCACCGAUGGCGC